GCAAAUUGGUAAACGUGUUUAACUUGGAAGAGUCACAAAAUCAUGAAACUUUAAUUUUUCCAUCAAUUCAAGCCCAACUCAUUGAGCAUGAAGACGAUUAUAUUAUUGAAGGCAGCGAUGAUGAGCAAGAUAUGUAUGAGUCAGAAUUGGCAUAUUUGCAGAAAGUCUUAGACAAGACCAAGGAGCUUCUAGAAGAAUCCCGUACUAAGCCAAAAAGACAUUUAUGGUUGAAAAAUAUUCGUCCAAAUUUCAAAUUACUGGAAAAAAUGAAUAAUGACAUUCUAUUACUGAAUAACCGAUGA